AUGGUUCAACGAAUUUCUGCUCGUUUGAGCAAAAAAGAUCCGAACAAUGGAAAGUUGACUCAUCAGCGUCCUGGCCAAGCACGAAGCAGAGCUGGCGCGAACCGAUCGCGAUAUGCAAAACUAGAAGAUACGAUCAACAAUGUCACAAAGAGCCUGGAAUCGACAAGAAUCGACAAAGAAUCAAAGAAAGCAGAAGAGCCUUCUACGGAUGAGAACAACCGUUACUCGCUUGCUGACAUAUCCGUCAUUCAAGAAACGCAGCCAGAAGAGAUGAACAAACGAAAGAGAGCACGAAAGGCGGUGAAAGCUCUCUUUGACUCCGAUGAUGAGGCGCCAGCAGCAGCGCCAAAAAGUUACGCUACAAGGUCCACAAAGCGUGCCAGCCCACCCCGAUCCAAGCCAAAGCUCGUCAUUUCCAAGGUGCUCGCUCCCGACACUCCAGAAAUGGAACGAAAAUCCCGCGUCGCUGGAAGGGAGAACCUGCCCGGCCCGAGAUACAUUCCGGAAUCUGACGAAGAAAUGACAUAG